GCGCGCAGCCUGCUGGGGUGAGCGGACCGCCAAGCACCAGAGAGCCGCGCACCGCGCACCGCACCCACACUCAGCGACCGCCGCGGGGACUCGUCUCGCCGACAGACAUGGAGCCGCGCGCGCGCCCCAGCCUCUGGUGGACCGCGCUGCUGCUGUUGGCCGCGUCGUCGCUGCUGCAGGCCGAAGCCGGCCACGUCAAACGCCGCCCCACAGACGACCGGCGGCUGGCGGCGCACCACCGCAUCCGGCACGCGCAGCAGCGCCUCAAGCGGCAGCACGCGCACGUGGACCGCCUGCUGACCGACAGCUACAUCGUGGCCGGCGCCGAGGGCGUGGCCGCCCCCGCCCCCUCAGCCGGCGCCGGCGCCGAGCCCGAGGAGGGCCAGUGGGGGCCGUGGUCGCCGCCCAGCGACUGCUCGCGCUCCUGCGGGGGCGGCGUCGCUUCGCAGACGCGCCGCUGCGAGGACCCCCGAGGUACCGACGCCUGCCGAGGGGGUUCGAAGAGGUACUUCUCGUGCAACAUUCAGGAUUGUCCAGAAGACUCCAAAGACUUCCGCGCAGAACAAUGUUCCCAAUUCGACGCAGAGCCUUUUGAAAAUAGAUAUUUUACGUGGGUGCCGUACACCAAGGCUGCCAACCCUUGUGAACUGAACUGCAUGCCUCGCGGGGAGCGGUUUUAUUACCGACAUAAACAGGCAGUGAUCGACGGGACGAGGUGCAAUGAUGAAAAACUGGACGUUUGCGUUGAAGGCCAGUGCCUACCUGUUGGCUGUGACAUGUUGCUGGGCUCAACUGCAGUAGAAGACAAAUGCAGAGAAUGUCGUGGUGACGGGAGUGGCUGCAAGACUGUCGAAGAUCUGAUUGACACAGAUGAUCUUCAAGUUGGUUACAAUGACAUCCUUCUGAUCCCUGCAGGAGCAACAAACAUACGUGUUCAUGAACUGAAGGCCUCUAGCAACUACUUAGCAAUCAGAAAUGAAAGUGGCCACUAUUAUUUAAAUGGGAACUGGAGGAUUGACUUUCCAAGAAGCCUAAGAUUUGCAGGAACAAUAUUUCACUAUGAGAGAGUCCCACAUGCAUUCUUGGCACCAGAAUCCAUCUCUGCUCUUGGUCCAACAAGGGAGGCUGUUUAUAUUGUGCUUUUGUACCAAGGAACUAACCCUGGAAUACAUUAUGAAUACAGUAUUCCUAAAGGAGUUUCACAACCUACAGAUCCAGACACCUACACAUGGAUCCCUGGAGAAUUCUCAGACUGUACUGUGACAUGUGGUGGAGGUUUCCAGGUGCGAAAUGUAUCAUGUAUCAGACGGAAAGAUGGACUAGUUGUUCCUAAUGAUCUCUGCGAUCCUUCAUUAGAACCCAGAAGGAAUGAAUCCUGUGGUACAGAUCCUUGCUUGCCUGAUUGGUCUGUUGGUGACUGGGGCAGCUGUAGUGCUACUUGUGGUGGGGGAGUGCAGACAAGGCCAGUUUAUUGUGAAAGAAUAGUUAGCAACAACCUCCCAUCUAUAGUAGAUGAGGAGCAAUGUCUGGAAGUAUUGGGUCCAAAACCUCUCACGUCACAACCGUGCAAUCAGGAUGUUGUGUGCCCAACAUGGCAUGUUGGCCCUUGGAGACCUUGUGACCGCCUCUGUGGUGAAGGAAGACACAGGAGAAGAGUACGUUGUUACAGAAGAGUCGAUGGAAGAAUUGAAGUAUUGGAUGAUUCAUCCUGUUCUCCUGAUAAACCAGAUGAAGAAAAGCCAUGUUUACUGAGACCAUGUGAGGGUGUUGACUGGAUCUUGUCUGAAUGGUCAGGUUGUGAAAAUAAAUGUGGACUGACAUUCGAGACUCGAGAAGCGCAUUGUGUCAAUGAGGCUGGAGUCAGUUAUCCUGAAAAAUUCUGUCAACCGUACCUGCUAGAAGAACUCAAAAGACCUUGUAAAAGUCUGCGACCUUGUGAUCAUGAGUGGUUUGCCUCACAGUGGAGUGACUGCUCAGCAGAGUGUGGCACUGGCAUUCAGACACGAAAAGUUUUUUGUGGCGCCUUUGAUGGUGACAUAGUGAAGCGAGUGGAUAAUGAAAACUGUGACUUGAGUAAAAAAUAUGAAGAGGUGAGAAAUUGCACAGGGAAAGAAGAGUGUCAAGGGCAAUGGUACCAUGGCCCAUGGAGUAAGUGUGAUAAAGAAUGUGGUGGAGGAACUAAAGUAAGACAAGUUCUCUGCUUGGUAGCAAAUGAGACUGCUGAUGUAAACAAAUGUGAUGCAGAUAAAUUCCCAUUUAGAACAGAGUCAUGCAAUAAUCACCAGUGCAGUGAAGAUGAAGUCAUCACUACAGAUGAUGAAGUCUCAUUGGAGGAAGAAUGUGAAGAAGAGGAAGAAAUUUACUUCACUACAGAUACUGUCUUGGAAGCUUCAUCUAUGGGCAAAACUGAAUCACCUAGCAGUGUUAAAGACAUUGCUACAGUGACAUCAGAAGUAGGAGCAGUUAGUGCUGAUGGACUCCCAUCUCAAACCUCCGUGGCAACAAUCGUGUCUGAUAGUGUAGUUAGUGGUUUAUCUUCUGUGAGUACUGUCAGUCUUUCUGAAAGUGCCACAGAUACCAAAGGAUCUCCAGAAUCCAGUUUCUCAACAGCUGCAAUGGCCGAUGAGGAAUUAAUGCUAAGUGAUGCAGCAAGCACCUUUGAAGAUGAAGACACUGCUUAUACAACAGACGCUUAUGAUCAAACAACUGAUGACUUUUCCUCCACUGAUGAAAGCUUCACAGAUGAGCCUCAUAGUCUGCCAGACACAUCUGGAAGUGAUGGCACUAGCUCUGAAGCCCCUCUUAGCACUUCAGUACCAGAGACCACUAGUGGGGAGGAUGUUAUGAGUACAGAAACUUACAGUAGCACUGACUCUCAAUCAUCCAGUAGUCAAGCACCUGAUACAUCAGUUGGGACUACUGGCUCAGAUACUGAUGGAAGCACUAGUCUUGGAACUACUGUUAAUCUUUAUGAGACCAGUGUUGUUCCUGACACAUCUACUUCUGUAGACUCUACCACUGCUGAAAGUAUUACUGACAGUGGAACAGUAACUGCAGAUAUAACAGGUGGAGAAACUGAAACAGCAGGUGACACAACAGAGAUUUCAGGGCUUAUGACAACAUCUUCAGGAUUAGAAACUGAUACUGUUACUGAAUCUUCUUCCACUGACACUUCCAGCAGCACAGCUAGUGAUGAAAGCAGCAGCACAGCUAGUGAUGAAAGCAGCAGCACAGCUAGUGAUGAAAGCAGUAGUACAGCUAGUUAUGAAAACAGCAGCACACCCACUGUUGAAAGCACAAGUGAAAGCAGUGAUUCAUCUACUGUUUCACCUGCAAUUAGUUUAGAAGGAAGUACAACAACUGUGUCAUCAGAUGCAGAGGAAUCGACAAUUCCACAGUUUGAAGGAGAAUUUGAUGCUUCAGCAUUUGCAAAAGCUGAUGACACUAUACCCCAACAAACAACUGAAGGAAGUUCAACAGCAUACAGUGAAGUGACAACAGAUGAACUAUAUUCAUCGUCUUCAGAUAGUUCUUCAUUGAUUCCAUCAUCAACUUCAGAAAGUUCAUUUUCUUCAUUAACCCCAGGAAGUUCCUACCCAACAGAAGUUUCAUCUGUUUCCACUUCAGAACCAGAAGUUUCACAGUCCACAGGAAUAUCUACAUCACAAGAAUCAGCUGUUACAGAAGUAUUAACAAGCACAGAAAUUUCAAUGACUACUGAAGUAUCAGCCAGCACAGAACCAUCGGAAACUACAGAGGAAUCAAUUGCAGAAACUUCCACACCAUGGGAAACUUCCAUGGCAACAACAGUUUCACCGGUUGAGAGAACAUCAGUCAGUUCAGAAACAACAGUUUCAGAAGAGCCUGCUUCAUCUGCAACACAAACUAUGAGUACAUCUGUAGCAUCUGAAGAAACAUCAGAAUUUGCUUCUACAACAGCUGAUGAAGUCUUUACUGGAAGCACUGAAAUUUUAGACUACUCACCUACAAAAGAAGUAGCAGUAACAACAAAGAAAGAGAGUCUGUGGGAGACAGCAACCACCUUGAGAGAAUUAAUAACAACCAUAAAAUCAAAAGGAAAGAAGUGCCGUAGAAGGAAGAAACCAGUAGUGUUAAAAUGUGAAGAAACUAAGUUUGGCUGUUGUGCAGAUGGUAUUACAAAAGCCCAAGGACCAUUCAGCUUGGGUUGCCCACAAUUGAGGACAUGUGGUGAGACAAAGUAUGGCUGCUGCCCAGAUGAAGUAUCUCCAGCAAAAGGUCUACACUGGGAAGGUUGUCCACCUUCACUUUGUGCAGAAACUUUGUUUGGAUGUUGUCCUGACAAUGUUAGCAUAGCAGAAGGAAAUGAUUUUGAAGGUUGUCCUGAUGAAGAACUACCCUUUGAUUGUAAAACAUCUGAGUUUGGUUGCUGUCCUGAUCAGAUUACAAAGGCCUUUGGACCAAACAAUGCUGGCUGCUUUGAUUGUGAAGGUUCUGGUGAAUGCAGAUGUGCUGAUACAAAAUUUGGUUGCUGUCCUGAUGGUGUUAGGGCUGCAACUGGGCCUAAUAAUACUGGCUGUUACGAUGAUGAAUUGGAAGGGUCUGGUUUUACAACACCAUUGUUGAACGCUACAGAGGCUGAACUUGACUGCACUGCUUCUGAGCACGGAUGUUGUCCAGAUGGUUACCUACCAGCUACAGGUCCUUACUUUGAGGGAUGUGGUGUUAUUAAUUCAGAAAACUGCACUGCAUCAUACUUUGGAUGUUGCCCCGAUCAAAUAAACCCAGCUUUAGGACCGGACUACAUUGGGUGUCGAAUGCCAUGUGAAAGUGAAAAGUACGGUUGCUGCAGAGAUGGUAUAACACCAGCUCAUGGACCAAAUGAGGAAGGUUGUUGCCUGAAUUCAGAAUUUGGCUGCUGUCCAGACAAUGUAUUGCCAGCACAAGGUCCAAACUUGGAAGGCUGUGGUUGUGAGUACACUCGCUAUCGGUGCUGCCCGGACAACAAGACUGCUGCACGGGGACCUGGUAAUGAGGGCUGUGGCUGCAAGUAUACCAAGCAUGGUUGCUGCCCAAAUAAUUACACUCCUGCUGCCGGACCAAACUAUGAGGGUUGCCCAUGUCACACAUUCCAGUUUGGCUGCUGCCCUGAUGGCAUAACAAUAGCUAGAGGCUUGCAUAACCAAGGUUGCGGGUGUGAAAACACAGAAUUUGGUUGCUGCUCAGAUGAUAAGACCCCAGCAGCUGGACCAAACAAAGAAGGCUGUGGAUGUGAAGCAUCAAAGUAUGGCUGUUGUCCUGAUGGGGUGUCAGAAGCUGAAGGAGAAAAGUUUGAGGGAUGUGAAGAUGCACCCAUUAUUGCCUCAGAAAUCUGUACAUUACCAAAGUCCCGAGGCUCAUGUCGAGAUUUUACUGUCAAGUGGUUCUUUGACACUGAAUAUGGAGGUUGUUCACGGUUUUGGUAUGGUGGCUGUGAAGGCAAUGACAACAGAUUCAAAACACAAGAAGAAUGCAAGAAUAUCUGUGUUGAACCUCCUGGAAGAGAGGCAUGUUACUUACCUAAGAUAGCAGGUCCCUGUGAAGGCUACUAUCCAACUUGGUAUUAUGAUUCGGAAAGAAAGCAGUGUGGUCAGUUCAUUUAUGGAGGUUGUUUGGGUAACAACAACAAAUUCCAAACUCAAGAGGAAUGUGAGGCACUUUGUGUCCUCCCUGAUACCAUUGAUGCAUGUGAGCAACCAAAAGAUGAAGGUCCGUGUAAGGGUAAUUACCGAAGGUGGUUCUUCAACAGAGAAGAUGGUGUGUGUGAAGAAUUUGCAUAUGGUGGCUGUAAAGGAAACAGAAAUAACUUCCUCACUGAAGCAGCUUGUCAUCAACAGUGUUUGCAACCUGGACGAAGUAGGGAGUCUUGCUCACUACCUCGAGAUGAAGGAAACUGUACAGAUCGUAUACCUCGAUGGUUUUUUGAUGCCUCAGAGAACAGGUGCAUGCCAUUUUAUUACAGUGGGUGUGGGGGUAAUGCCAACAGGUUUGAGACAGAAACAGAAUGUGAAGUUGACUGUCCUUCAAAAGUUGAGCAAGACAUCUGUACUCUUAAACCUGUUGUUGGUGGUCAAUGCUACAAUUAUACUGAACGAUGGUAUUAUGACUCUUAUGAGGUGCGCUGCAGGUCAUUUUAUUACAAUGGGUGUGGAGGAAAUGAAAAUAAUUUUCUGACACUACAGGAUUGUGAAAAUCGUUGUGAGAAGCGGAUUCUUAUCUCUGUACCUGCUGCAGAAUUCAGAAAAGAAAGCUGUUUCCUCCCUGAUGAACAUGGGCCUUGCUCUGAGAGUAUGGCAAAGUGGUUUUAUGAUAGCCGGGAUGGUGUGUGUAAACAGUUUCUGUACGGAGGCUGUGAAGGGAAUGACAACCGUUUCUCCAGUCAACAGGAGUGUGAAGAGAAAUGUGGUGAUGUACAAGAUAUUUGCAAUCUUCCUAGGGUUGUUGGACCCUGCAGUGGAAGCAUUCCUCAGUGGUAUUAUGAUAGAAUGACUGAUUCAUGCUAUGAAUUUGACUAUGGUGGAUGCCAAGGCAACAAAAAUAAAUUUGAUGACAAACAGCAGUGUGAACAGUACUGUAAGAGGUAUCACUUUACAACGUCUGCCCCUGAUGUGAGCGCUUUGCUACUAACUACCCAGGAUGAUAGGAUGAAUGAAAUAGAAAGCACAGAUAUCUGCAGUGCACCAGUAGAUCCUGGUCCCUGUCAAGACUCAAUUGUGUCAUGGUAUUAUGACGAGCGCUCUGGAAGAUGUGGAUCAUUUGCAUAUGGUGGUUGUGGAGGAAAUGCCAACAGAUUCCAAUCAGAAGAACAGUGUGAGAGGCAGUGUGGAGCAUUUAAAGGACAAGAUGUUUGUAACAUCCCAUUUGAUCCUGGAUAUUGCCAAGAUGCACUGCAAAAAUGGUACUAUGAUGGAACUUCUCGAAGCUGCACACAGUUUAGUUACACAGGCUGUGGUGGAAGUGGAAAUCGUUUCAGUAGCCAAGAAGAAUGUGAAUCUGUUUGUUUACAGUAUCAGGAAGUUCAUCCACUUGGCAAUGACACUGCUCUUUCCAGACAAGCAAUAUGUAGGCUUCCUGUAGACUCAGGACCAUGUGCUGGGGGAUACCACAAAAGAUGGUAUUAUGAUGAUGAGCGGCAGACUUGUAUUCCAUUCAUCUAUACUGGAUGUGGUGGAAAUUUCAACCGGUUCAAGAAUUUCCAGAGUUGUCUAUCUUUUUGUUCUGUAGUUUUGCAAGGUGGUAAUGAUGAUAAAAUUGAAGAUAAACCAGAAGAAAAAGUUGAUUGCACAUCUGCCAAAGAGAAUUGCAAUCUGUUGCAAUGCCCUUAUGGGAUUGAAAGAUUUGUCGAUGCAGAUAGCUGUGAAAUAUGUCAGUGUCAUGAGCCAUGCAAAGACCAUAUUUGUCCAGAUGGAACUAGGUGUGCUGUUGACCUUUAUCAAAAUACUGAGACAGAUGACACUGAAUUUAGAGCUGUUUGUAGACCAGUGAAUAAGCCAGGGGAAUGUCCUAAACUAGUGGAGGCAAAUGAAAAUUGUAUACAAGAGUGUCAAUCAGAUGCAGACUGCACAGACAUACGUAAAUGUUGUUUCAGUGGUUGUGGUUCUUCAUGCCUGAAUCCUGUUUAUCCUGGACAACUUUUAACAACAGAAAGACCAGUUGUGCAACCACAACCACAGCCACCUUAUGGAGUUUAUGAUGAACCACCUAGCAUUGAUCUCACUGAUAGUGACGUUCAAGCUGAAGAGGGAUCAUAUGCGACACUAAAAUGUAUUGCUCAAGGUCGUCCAACACCACGUAUUGUCUGGAGGAAAGGCACUUCUACAAUUGAUGGAUCGAGUGGGCGAUACAGACUGUUGUUGGAUGGGUCUUUGCAGAUUAUAGGUCUGUAUCGUUCUGAUGCAGGUGUCUACAUCUGCACUGCUGACAAUGGAAUAGGCCAACCAGCUCAGAAGGAAACUCAUCUAAAAGUGACAGAUCCUCAUCCACGGCCAGCUGAGAUAAUUGGUGAAGACAGUACAUACGUAGUGGUGACAUUGGGAGCUCCUACUUCUCUCCACUGUUAUGCUGUUGGCUGGCCCAGGCCCUCUGUAACCUGGUGGCGUGGUGAACGCUUGCUGCCUCUCAGUUCAGAGCAAUAUGAGCAACGACGUGACUACUCCUUGUUUAUCAGAUCUGUUGCCUUGAGACAACUAGGGCCUUACACAUGUCAGGCUUACAAUGGCCAAGGAAAAGCAACAUCAUGGACUGUCACUGUACAAGCUAUUGGUCCUGUUUACAGUAAUAACCCUAUUGACAGAGAUUACUUCCAGUACCUUGUAUCUGCACCUAGAAGGGCACCUGAAAGGAAUAAGACAGCAAGUUCCCAAACUAGACCUUCAUAUCCAUACCGACCUGUUCGUCCACCUUAUAGACCAAGACCUGCAACAACUCAGACAAUACCUAUUAUGACAAUGACUACAACCACCACUACUACCACUCCUCAACCAGUUGAAGAACGAGAAGAUGAAAAUGUCCUGGUACCGGAGCAGCCUAGGGUAUUUGUAGUGCCUGUGCAAGUAAAUGUAACAGUAGACCGAACAGUUUAUCCUGUUGGGAGUGAAAUAUCCAUUGCCUGUGAUGUUGAUGGGUAUCCCAUCCCACAGGUUCAGUGGUUUAAGGAUGACAAUCCUCUCCAAGUUGGAAACAGAAUUCAAGUUUCAGAAAGUCACAGACUGCUGAUAUCAAGAGCUGAGGGAACAGACUCUGGCACAUAUCGAUGUGCAGCAUCAAAUCCGUACAGUGCCUCAUCCAGUGCUGUCUCAGUUGUUGUUGAAGGGAUAUACAUCCAUCCAAACUGUACAGAUAAUCCAUUCUUCGCCAAUUGUAGUCUGAUUGUGAAGGGUCAAUAUUGUACACAUAAGUACUAUGCUCACUUCUGCUGCAAAUCUUGCACUUUAGCUGGCCAGUUGCCAUCAUAUGGCCCUCAUCUUGAAAGAACAGGUACAAGCAGAAUUGAUGGCAGAAGAAAAUAAUAUAUGCAGCUAGUCACAUCGCCAAACAAUCACAGUGACGGAAAAUAAACAGUAGACUAAUAUCUGUGUAUUGUGUUCCUCUAGUGUUAAAAGUGGUCCUACAUUUGUUUUGAUGUCACUGUGUACAGUAACAAUUUCAUUAUUACUGUAAUUAUUGUGAUAAAUUCUUGACACAUUUGUGAAUCCAGAAUUUUAGUGCUCAUUGAUUGCUAUAAAACUCUGAUUUUAUAUGACCUUUUCCGUGUUAGGGACAAAAGAAAGCAUGCUAUACCUCCAUGAUCUGCUUCUGUUACAGUAUGACUCUCACUAUAGAUUUAAAGGGUAAUGUGUGAAGAUUAAGAAUAUGUACAUGAUAUCACAUAAUCAUGGAAAACAUUGUGGUAGAUUUAUCUGGAAAUAAAAUAAUUUGUUAGUAGAAUUUGUAUGUUCACAUUAACUGCCCCCCCCCUCCCCCAAAUAAAUAAAUAAAUAAAUGUUUCAUAGCAUUCCAUUGUUUAAAUUGAGAAAGGCCCACCAGAGACAGAGUAUCGUCUCUUCAGGGGUGUUUAAACCUAGAUGCCCAACAGCCAGACAAUAUUUCACAGUUCUAUAAUAGAAGCAGUUCCAAAGGAUAACAAAUAGAUUGAGAAAAUAUAAAAUCAGUGUUUUAUAGUUCAAAGGAUUUAUGACAAUCCAGUGAAGUGGUCUUAUUAAAGACAAGUGCCUUCAAGAUCUUAGAAACAUAGAAAAUGCUAUGUUGCCUUGAAAAUAUGUAAAAAUGCACAUAUUUAUUAAAUUCUGCUAAGUUAAGUUAAUGUAAAAUUAUGUUAACGAGCAUAAAGGUAUAUUUUUCUUCACUUCUUUAUUUUCAGCAUAUUUUCAAGGGAUACCAUAGAAGUUUUUUUGUUCACAAGGAGAUGAAAGUAUUUCUUUGAAGGAUGCGUGAUGUUCAUAUUAUUUAAAAUGGCCAGAGACAGGCCGCAUGUACAAUGAAUGAGUGCAAACAUGUGUGACUGUGAAUGUGUAUCUGUGUGUGAGGGAGUGAGAGAGGAUAAGAAUGAAACAUAUAUAUAUUUUUAAAUGUAUGCACUGGUCAUUGAGAAGGUAGUCAAUUACUGUAGAGAUACAGCAAGAGAUUAUGGAAAGUACAUUAAGAAUAUAGUAGAUUUGGAGAGCUCACUUAAGUCACUGCCACAUUAGAAAGAAAUACGUGAAGCUGGCAAAGCUAAUGAUAUUUUGUAGUGUACUGUAUUAUAUCAUCAUUCAUUUCACUUUCCUCAAACGUGUAUCAUGUUAACAAUUUGUUACAAAUGUCAUCCAACACAAAAGUACUUGUAGUAUAAUUUCGUAAUGUAUUACUGAGAUUUUUUAAAUUUUUUGUAACAUUGUGUAAAUAAGAAAAUUUAUUGAAAUAAAUUUGUGAACUUAUUUUUGAA